GUUCUCUCUCAGAAAGCGUCGCGACGGGUACGAAAGGCCGUGUAGCGCACAGCUAAAAAAUAUUUACUCCUAUCAAUACUACCAUUAAUUAACAAUCUACCUCCGAUAGCGCAACAAGCUCAAAGGCAAAUAAGAAUUUGAAUAGUGCGCAAGCUGCCAAAAACAAACCAAAAACAGUCAAAAGAAAAAAAAAACCAAGUUAAAAGCGAUAACAAUGAGAGGAGCUGCGACAUGGACGUUACUCAUUUGUCUGCUAAUUGGACUAUUUUAUGGCGACAUUUGUCGUGCGUCACCGAUUGGCGGAGAGGAUGCCCCACUUUCGGACUACCAGGACGAUGAUUAUGAUUACGAUGGCGAGGACGAGUCGACAAACUCAGAGGGGCCGCCCGCCGAAAUUGUGGAAGAGGUGCAAAGCGAGCCGCCCUACUUUGAGCAAUCAGAUGUUAGCAUCGAGGCCAGGCCAGGUGAUGAUGUGAUCAUCAAUUGUGAUGCACGCAACUUUGCAAUUAAGAACAUUGCGCUGUGGUACAAGAAUGCCACACUCUUGGCCACCGGGCAGAGUGCGAUCAACAAUCGUGUGGAAGUCAUGAAGAACAACUCGCUGCGCAUUACGGGCGUGACGAAGGAGGAUGCGGACGACUAUUACUGCGAGGUGUUGCCGCAGAACGUGAGGCAGCAUACAGCGCUACGUGUGGGCGCCAAGCUGUCGAUCCUCUGCGACGAUCGCGAUGCAACGGAUCGCUCGCAGACGUUCAAGCAAGGCGACCGACACAAGCUCACCUGCCAAACGUUCCUGCACACCAAGACAGACAUCAAAUGGUCCUUCAAUGGUCAGCGGCUGCACACAUCGGAGAAAGACGCUGCCGAGGGCGUCGUAGUGCUGGACAAUGUGGACGAGGAGAACGCUGGAGUGUAUCAGUGCCUCGGCGACGAUGGCAGCGCGGAUCCACCACAUGGCAUGGUCACCAUCGAUGUCCAGUACAGCCCCAAGGUGUCCACCCAUCGGCAUCACGUCAACACUAUUGAGGGCGACACUGCGGAGCUCUACUGUGACUAUCGCGCCAGUCCCAUUGCCAUUAGCUUCUUCAUCAAGGACGGCAAGACGCUGUCCCUGUCCGAGAAGUACUCGAUCAAGAACUCGCUGCACAAGGAGCACAAUCGCACCACGCUCAUCAUCAAGAAUGUGGAGGCCAGCGAUCUGGGCGAGUAUCUGUGCCACGUUGAAAAUGCCAUUGGCUCCAAUGAGGUGCGCAUCCAGCUGAGCUAUCACCCCGAGACGCCGCAGUUCGAGAACAGCUCCAUCAAUGGCAAUGAGAUCACAAUGCACUGGCUGGUCCGCAGUCUCCAGCCUCUCUCCGAGGCCAUGCUGGACUACAAGCUGUCAAUGUCGUAUACGUGGAGCACGGUAUCCAUCAUACACACACAGCGACACGACAAGGACAAGGGCAUCUGGAAGAUCACACAUCAAAUGGAACUGACGCCUGGUCUGUGGCAUGCGCGCAUCAAGACAAAGAAUACCGAGGGCUGGUCCAACUUCUCGCCCGACCACGACAUACUCAUCAAGGAUCAAGAGGAAUCCACGGAAAUCGACGACGGAGUUGUGCCACCGGAUGACUUGGUGCGCGCGGGCUUUGGUGUUGGAGCUGGCUCCAAGAGCAACUCGGCGUGUACGAUGCGAAUGCUGCCCGCAGUGAUGCUAGUCGGAGUUAGUAUAGCUAUGCUGCGACUCUAAGGAGACUACGAUGCAGAGAACAGGGCCGUGGCGACUGUAUAUACGUGUUUCUCGUUACAUGUUUUGCUUGUGCUGUGCCUUGAACCCGGCAACUGGCAGUAGCAGCUUACCCAUAAGAAAUGCCAUUGCACGAAACCGAAAGAAAGAAAAUACCCAAGUAUUCUAAUUAUACAUGCAAAUGCUAAUGCGCCUCAAAGGCCCCCACGCAAGGGGGCAAUGUUAAUGUUAAUCUAAAUUCAAUCAAGCAUAGGCAUAAUUCACUAAAAAACACUUGUGCCAACUACCAUAAACAGCAACGAUAUGGACGAUACGGAAGGGAGCUUAGUUUAAUUAAAAGUUAAGAUGGAUUACUGCGACGAUCGGUUGAAAACCGCCCAAAACUUAGCAUAUAAUAUUUAUUUGUUUGUAUGUACGGAUAGUUAACACUGAAGAUUUCUAGAAUCCAGCAAAUAGAAGGAGAUUGAGAAUCACAUACACGCACACAUGCCUGAACUAAGGCUUACGGGAAUGUAAAUAAAAUGAGGGCAAGUGAGGACCGAGUGACGUGUGGGCCGAUGAUGAUCAUGGGAAUAGGAAAAACUUUUUAUUUAAUCAUAAUUUUUCGAAUAUUGUGAACUUUUGAAAUAUUAAACGAUAACUAGACCAAAGCUUAAAUAUACAUGUGUACCUACCCACAUACAUACAUAUGGAUAAAAUGGAUUGUUAUAUAAGGAAGCAAGGAAGCAGGAAGAAACCCGGAUGAUACUUAUUUAUAGUUAAGAGAUGAGUACUUAUGUAAUAACUACGAAUAUCUAUAAUCAGGUGAGGAGGAGAAGUUAGUCGCUUAUUCAUUUGGGCUUCGAUUGAAAUUUGUUCGCUACAAUACCUGAGAAAUUGCCAUGCAAAACGCCGACCAUACAGUUCGAUGAUAUAUAUAUAUAUAUAUAUUUAUGUAUAUGUAUAUA